UUCCUUUUAGUGAUAUAAUAAAAUGGAAAAAAUAACAUAUUUUAUGAUAUAUUAUAUAACGCGUCCCAAUUUAAUAAGGUUAAAAACUGGAUCUGUAGAGUUUAAAAUCGCAGUUUGCAUAUAAAUAGGGAAGGGGUUUUAAUCGAAUAGAAACAGCACGCUGGUUUGGAAACUUCCGAUCCACUUUCCUCCUCUUCAUAGAACCCAUCCCUUCGUCUUUAUCAUCUCUACGAUUUCGGAAUUAUCCAUCUCCCUCUCUCUAGAACUAUGAACACGACCGACCAAAGCAGCAAACCGAUUCGUGGCAGUGUCAACCACAGCUACGCCCUCAAUGGAAGGAUCAUGCUUUCCUCCGUGAUCGUCCUCUUCGUCGCCCUCAUUCUGAUCCUCUGCUUCCACAGCUAUGCCAGGUGGCUUUUCCGGCGAGAGAACCGCCGUAUCCGCCGCCGCGUCAGGGCCGACCUCCGCUCCCUUUACGCACGCGACCCGGCUCUCGCCCCCUCCUUCGCCCCUCUCGACCCGGCCGUGCUCAACAAAAUUCCGGUAUUCGUCUACGCGCUGCCGAAGAACACCGACGCGCCGCCUUUGGAGUGCUCCGUCUGCUUGUCGGAGUUCGAGGAGAACGACGAGGGUCGAGUCCUGCCCAAAUGCGGCCACGCCUUCCACGUGGACUGCAUCGACACGUGGUUCCGUUCGCGUUCGACUUGCCCGCUCUGCAGGGCGGGGAUUCAACCCAGCAACCCCGAACAGUCCCCCUCCGAGAUCACCGAACCGACCGCCCUAGUUUGCGCACCGGUUAAGCAGAGCGAAAAUUCUGAAACCGGCCGUUCGUCUUCACCGGAAUCAUCCUCCUCGUCUUCGCCGGUGGUAUUUCCGCCGGAGAGGUGCCCGAGGCAACCGAUCGAGCUGGUCGGUAUAGUCGUUGAGAUGCCCAAGGGAAUUUGACGGUCCCAAUACCGUUUUAGCCGGUUAAAAUGGGUCCGAAAUUCCGGGUAACCGGGUUCCAUCCUUGAAGAAAAGGUUACGGAGCAUUCAAAUUUUCAUCUUUUUUUAAUGAGAAUUAAAAACCGAGAACCCGAUACCGAAGAAUCCACCGCCCGGAAUCUGGGGAAGGGGGAAAGAAGACAAACCGGGACAAGAUCACGACACGUGGAAUUUUGGACGGUCCACGCGGCCGUCAGUGGGGAACUUUGGAUCUUCGUUUAUAAAUACGAAACGACGUCGUUUGAUAGGGUCGGUGGCUCGUUCGUUUGUAGUCUCUUUGGGUCGGUUUCUCUGUUUUUUAACUUGUAACCGAAUUAAUGAAUUGUAAAUUAAUU